AUGAACAAAGGAUGCGAGUUUCGUUUCAAAAAGAUGUCGUUCAAACAAAGUUUACCUAUUCACAUUAGAUUUCAAGUGUAUCAAUUAGCGAAACUACGAGUGCUUCAAUUUUACUACGACUCUAUUGAUUAUUCCAUUGACAAAAGUGAUUAUCAGUACUGUAUGAUGGACACUGAUUCAGCUUACAUUGCUAUAUCUGAUGAAUCGUUAGAAGUCAUAAAACCAAGCUUAAAAGAUGAAUUUAAAAAGAAUCGGCAUCUGUGGUUGGGAAGAGACGAUACCAUUGAGAAUAAGGUGUAUGACAGCAGAACACCGGGUCUGUUCAAGUUGGAAUAUGAAGGAAACUGUAUUAUAUCAUUGGCCAGUAAAAUGUACUAUUGUGAUGAAAACAAAUUCAGUUCAAAAGGGAUUAACAAGAAACAAAAUGAAAUCACAAAACAAAAGUAUGUGGAUGCUUUAAAAGGCAAGCAUUUCGUAGAGGAUAUGAGCCAAAAUAUAGUCAGUAUAUAUAAGGUCAUCAGUGGUAAUGGCUAUUCGUACUUUAUUGCAGAUGAUGAUGGUAAUAUUCUUCCAAAGGCAUACAAAUACUAUGAACUACAACGUAUUGAAUCUACCCAACGGUUUCAUACAGAAUCUAGACAGAGAGAACCACGAAUGACAAAUAAGGAGCGUCGAAAUAAAAGAGAAUUGGAAGAAUUGGGUAGAAUUAGAGGUCCAGCUCAUAAAAACGGAGAACAUUAA